AUGGGCUCGGCCGAUUUCCCAAUGAUAAUUCGACCGUUGGAAAUCAAGGAUGUUGAGCAGAUCAAGAGGUAAGUACUAUACAUAUAUACGUGUAUGUAUAUCUGUAGAUGUACAUAAAUUGGUGGUAAUUUUUAAAAUUCGAACUUUUAGGAGCAAAAAUAGGGAGUGGCUUUUCAGUGAUCCGUAGGAAAAUACUUUUAAAAGAAUUUCCAACAAAGGCUAGGGCGCAGCUCGGAAAUUUUGAUUUUUUCGGAUUGCCCCAAAAAUGGAAAUUUCGAUGCUUUUGUCUGAUUAUUUAUUUCUUCAUUCAACUUAUGGUAUAUAAACUUCGAAAAAAAGAAUUUUGAGAAAAAACCAGGGCGCAGCUCGAAAAAAAUCAAAAUUUUUAUUAGUGCUUUCUCGGUGUAAGGGGCAAUUUUUGGACUUAUUCCUGAAAGGGAAAAAAUAAAACUAACAGGGAAAGUACUUCAAGUGCGACGCUCAGAUUUUGAUGAAACUUGGCACAGAUUUAGAAUAAUUUUUUCUAAGAUAUAUGCGAGAAUCCUAGUUCGCGCUUUGCAGAAACAACCGAGAUUUUUAGAUCGAAAGUGGGCGAAAAUUUGACACUUUUUGCUGAAUUUCGGCACGAAAAGUUUCGUGCCUAUUUCUACCAUGGAGGGUAAUGUUUCCACAAAAAAUUAAUUUUUUCCGGCACGAAAAGUUUCGUGCCUAUUUCAACUGUAACGGAUAAUGUUUCUACAAAAAAAUCAAUUUUUUCCGCACGAAACUGGCAAAGUUAUGGCCAAAAAGUGUUUUUCUCUCUGACCGCUCUCCACGUUUAUCGUACUCUCUCGGCGGCAAAAAUCGUUCGAUAUCUCGGCGACGCCCGCAAAGUGCGAACUAAAACUUUCAGGAAUUGUUUAGUUCAUGCCCGACGUGUGCUCAAAAUUUAAAGAAAAUCGGAGCGUCGCACUUGGAGUACUUCCCCUGUAGAUUAAAAUAAAUUCUGAUUAAAAAAAAAAAAUUCUGAUUAAAAAAAACACGGCUUGGGCGCAGCUCGAAAAAAACAAGAGUUUUUGAGGUUGAAUAAUAAAGAAUAGGCAUUCAUUUUUCUCCAACUUUACUUUUAAAAUAUGUACGUUUUGUAACCUCAUCCGACCAACUGUUUCAGCCUGAGCGACACAGUCUUCCCCAUCCGAUACCCCGCUGAUUACUUUGCCGAUUGCAUCAAGAGUGAAGAAUAUUUAUCGCUGGCGAUUUUCGAUCAACUCAACUUGCUCGGAUUUAUUUUUGUGAUCAAGAAAUAUCGUUCUCCAUUGACUCCGAAUUCAUCAGAUUUCGAGGAGCUGGCUCAGGCCAAAGAGUACAGGGUAAGCGAAUUUUUCAAUGCACAGUGUUUUUUUUUUGUUUUUUUUUUGCACAUUGCAAUGAAAUUUGAAGUUUAAUUUUUGCUAAAAUUUGUUACAGUAAGUUUUGAAAUUUGUUAAAACUUCAUUAUUUUGGCCUCGACUUGUAACUUUGCGGAAACUGGUCGGAAUUUGCCCAAAUUUAGCGUGCACGCUCAAUUCAUCGUUGUCAAUGCCCGGACAGUGGAUUUAUUUAGUUAGUGAGGUACCUUCUUUUUCACGUACCACCUUACCCUUCAAAAACGGCUGCAGCCCGUGAUUUUACACUUUAUACGAUGAAACAUGUCCGGAACUAAAUUUAUUGCCUCCGUAUGGAACUAAAUGAGUCGUCACAGCCUUCGUAGGUACCCUUAAAACUAUAAAGCUAUUAUAGUAAUUCAGUGCCAGCUAGGUCGACGCGUUUUUUCCUAACUUUAGUGCCCAAGCUUGGGCGCAGUUCGCGGAGUACCUUUGUUGUGGCCAAAAUAAGGAACUUUUUCCCGAAAUUUCGUGACACAAAGCAAGUUAAAACUACUCUGAUUUCGGGAGCUGAAAAAAGAAGAAGGUUUUGUCCCGCACUGUGCGGCCAAAAUUUAUUUUAAAUCUGGCCGCACUGUGCGAAAUUUGAGAUGUUUUUAUAUUGAUAUAAUUCUUCCGGGAGGCUUUGAAAUUUGAUGUCAGAAUAAAAAUUAAUUGUUUUUACGCAAUGCGGAAAAACAUUGGAGAAAAACAAAACUUUUUGCACAGUGCGGGACAAAAAUUUUUUACGCUGACUGCACCGUGCAAAAAUAUUUUUUUUUAUUUUGUUUUGUCUCUAUACCUCAUUUUUUAAAAUUUUAGCCACCCUACAUCUCAACGAUUGGAAUCCGCCCAUCGCAUCAGGGCCGCGGCCUGGGCGCAUUCCUGAUCUCUCAAGCCAAACACAUCUUGUUUUUGAACGACGACCCCAAGUUCAUUUAUCUGCAUGUGAUGACCGCCAACGAGAAUGCGAUCCGAUUCUACGAACGAAUCGGAUUUCAGAAGUACAGGAAGGUCAAGAAUUACUAUCAAGGCUGCAGCAUCUAUCCGGAUGCUUACAUCAUGAUCAAACCUUUCAAGAAGAGAGAGAACAUUGACAUCAAUGAGUUGAAAAGCAAUAAAGAAAACUGGAUUUGA